AUGCCGGAGGAUAAUAAUGACUCGGCGUUGGCCUGCAAAGGUGCUUGCAACCUCCUCGCAAAUCAUGUUAUAUUCGAAGAUCGUUCUAAUCCUUAUAGAAAUGUAGUUUAUGGAGCUGACUGUAACAAUCCAAAAGGAAUGAUUUUUGAUGUCGGAUAUUUUGUUACCUAUUUGGAGAAGGGUCAAGACGUGCAUUGGAAAAAUUUAUACUAUUUUCCUGAAAUGGGCGACCCAUUUAUUGACGAUGAACACAUGGAAUACUCAUCGAUUCCUGAAACCACACCGUUGCCACAAACCACCAAGACGAAUCACGUGUAG